AUGAUGCCUAAACGGUUUAACACGAGUGGCUUUGACACGACUCUUCGUCUACCUUCGUACUACGGUUUCUUGCAUCUUACACAAAGCUUAACCCUAAAUUCCCGCGUUUUCUACGGUGCCCGCCAUGUGACUCCUCCGGCUAUUCGGAUCGGAUCCAAUCCGGUUCAGAGUCUACUACUCUUCAGGGCACCGACUCAGCUUACCGGAUGGAACCGGAGUUCUCGCGAUUUAUUGGGUCGUCGUGUUUCUUUCUCCGAUCGCAGUGACGGUGUCGAUCUCUUAUCUUCUUCACCGAUUCUCUCAACUAACCCUAACCUCGACGAUUCUCUAACGGUUAUAGCAUUGCCGUUGCCUCACAAACCUCUUAUUCCUGGCUUUUACAUGCCAAUCCAUGUCAAGGAUCCUAAAGUUCUUGCAGCUUUACAAGAGAGCACAAGACAACAAUCUCCAUAUGUGGGGGCUUUCCUUUUGAAGGAUUGCGCGUCUACUGAUUCAUCUUCUCGCUCUGAAACUGAAGAUAAUGUUGUUGAGAAGUUUAAAGUCAAAGGGAAACCAAAAAAGAAAAGAAGAAAAGAGUUGCUUAACCGUAUUCACCAAGUUGGCACUCUUGCUCAGAUUUCAAGUAUCCAAGGUGAGCAAGUCAUCCUUGUUGGUCGCAGAAGACUUAUAAUAGAAGAGAUGGUGAGUGAAGAUCCUCUAACCGUCAGAGUUGACCAUCUAAAGGAUAAGCCAUAUGACAAGGACAAUGCUGUCAUCAAGGCAAGCUACGUUGAAGUUAUUUCGACUCUUAGGGAAGUCUUAAAGACAAAUUCACUCUGGAGAGAUCAAGAUAUAGGUGACUUCAGUUAUCAACAUUUAGCUGAUUUUGGAGCCGGGAUCUCUGGCGCUAACAAACAUAAAAAUCAGGGGGUUCUUACAGAACUGGAUGUUCAUAAACGUCUAGAGUUGACGUUGGAAUUGGUGAAAAAACAAGUAGAAAUUAACAAGAUUAAAGAGACAGAUGACGGAUCUUCACUUUCUGCAAAGAUAAGGGUAAGGAUUGAUACUAAAAGAGACAAAAUUCCAAAACAUGUAAUAAAAGUCAUGGAAGAAGAGUUUACAAAGCUGGAGAUGUUAGAAGAAAACUAUAGCGACUUCGAUUUGACCUAUAACUACCUUCAUUGGUUGACCGUGCUGCCUUGGGGAAAUUUCAGUUAUGAGAAUUUUGAUGUCCUACGGGCAAAAAAGAUUCUUGACGAGGAUCAUUACGGAUUAUCUGAUGUAAAAGAAAGAAUAUUAGAGUUUAUUGCUGUGGGAAGACUUAGAGGCACUUCACAAGGGAAGAUCAUUUGUCUCUCUGGCCCACCUGGAGUAGGUAAAACUAGCAUUGGGCGUUCAAUUGCACGUGCUCUUGACCGCAAGUUCUUCCGGUUCUCUGUUGGAGGACUAUCCGAUGUUGCUGAGAUUAAGGGGCAUUGUCAAACAUAUGUUGGUGCCAUGCCUGGAAAGAUGGUGCAAUGUCUAAAGAGUGUGGGAACAGCAAAUCCUCUUAUUUUGUUCGACGAGAUUGAUAAGCUUGGUAGGUGCCACACUGGCGACCCAGCCAGUGCGUUGUUGGAGGUUAUGGAUCCAGAGCAGAAUGCAAAAUUUUUAGACCACUUUCUCAAUGUUACUAUUGACUUAUCAAAGGUUUUAUUUGUAUGCACUGCAAAUGUGAUAGAAAUGAUUCCGGGUCCUCUGCUAGACAGAAUGGAGGUGAUUGAUCUCUCUGGGUAUGUUACUGAUGAGAAAAUGCAUAUUGCUAGAGACUAUUUGGUGAAAAAGACAUGCAGAGAUUGCGGCAUUAAGCCUGAACAUGUUGAUUUGAGUGAUGCAGCUCUUCUUUCCUUGAUAGAAAAUUAUUGUAGAGAAGCAGGAGUUAGAAAUCUCCAAAAGCAGAUUGAGAAGAUUUACCGUAAGGUUGCUCUUGAACUAGUACGCCAAGGAGCAGUUUCUUUUGAUGUUACUGACACUAAAGAUACUAAAUCUUUGGCCAAGACCGAUUCAGAGGUUAAGAGAAUGAAAGUGGCUGAUAUUAUGAAGAUACUCGAAUCAGCAACUGGGGACUCAACAGAAUCAAAGACUAAGCAGAGCGGAUUGGUAGCUAAAACCUUUGAAAAGGUUAUGAUUGAUGAAUCAAACCUUGCAGAUUACGUAGGCAAACCAGUAUUCCAGGAAGAGAAGAUCUAUGAACAGACACCUGUCGGGGUUGUGAUGGGUCUAGCUUGGACAUCCAUGGGUGGCUCAACGUUGUACAUCGAGACAACCUUUGUAGAAGAAGGAUUGGGAAAAGGUGGUCUUCAUAUAACGGGUCAGCUUGGGGAUGUGAUGAAAGAAAGCGCACAGAUUGCUCACACAGUCGCUAGAAGAAUAAUGUUUGAGAAAGAACCGGAGAACCUCUUUUUUGCGAAUUCCAAGCUUCAUUUACAUGUUCCUGAAGGAGCCACACCAAAAGAUGGCCCAAGUGCAGGCUGCACCAUGAUCACUUCGUUCCUAUCACUUGCCAUGAAGAAGCUUGUAAGGAAGGAUCUUGCAAUGACUGGAGAAGUCACUCUAACUGGUAGAAUUCUUCCAAUUGGUGGCGUUAAGGAGAAGACUAUAGCUGCAAGACGGAGUCAGAUCAAGACAAUAAUAUUCCCGGAAGCAAAUCGGAGAGACUUUGAGGAGCUUGCGGAAAACAUGAAAGAAGGGCUUGAUGUUCACUUCGUGGAUGAAUAUGAGAAGAUAUUCGAUCUAGCAUUCAAUUAUGACCAUUAG